AUGAACAGUUGUUGUGACCUGGGAUAUUUCAGUUUUGAGAAAAAUUUUUAUCUUCAACUUGAUGGUACCAGCAUGGGGGGACCAGCAAGUCCGGCGCUUACGAACUUUGUAAUGCACCAUGAAGACUAUCAUGCUGACAAUUUAGAACGGGUGAGAGAAAUACUUCUGAAUAACAACUAUCCAGGGGGGUUUGUGAAUUUGUGUAUAGAAAGGUUUAAACAAAAUCAAAAUAGAGUCAGGGCUGCUGAAAGUAAAUACUACUUCGAAUUUCCGUACAUCAGAGGAUUAUCGUCGCACAUCUCGAGAGUCUUUAUUGGCACUAAAUGGAGACCAGAAACUACAACAUCAAAAUUAUUGGCAGUAUGUAUACCAAGUUGA